AUGGCUACGCUGUUCUCCGCCAUCUCUCCCGCCGCCAAACCCUUCUCGCUUACCCAAGCCCGCCGCGCCACAGUGGCAACGCUCCAUUCUCCCAAACCUCACUUCAAGAGAACGGAAUUCAAAUUCGCCAACGUUUCAGCCUCUCUCCGUUCCCUUCCCCGCCUUCGCGUGUCCUCCAACGAUGCUCACUUCAACUCGAGCUCCGGGGAGAACCAACAGCCACAGCCGAGUUUCGCAGAGUUCAUCACUUCGGAGAGAGUCAAAGUGGUGGCCAUGCUGGCCCUCGCCCUCGCUCUCUGCAACGCCGAUCGCGUCGUCAUGUCCGUGGCCAUCGUGCCCUUGUCCCUCGCCAACGGGUGGAGUCGAGCCUUCGCUGGAAUCGUUCAGUCGUCUUUUCUAUGGGGUUAUCUGGCUUCCCCUAUUGCUGGAGGGAUGUUGGUGGAUAACUACGGUGGCAAAGUGGUGAUGGCUUGGGGAGUGGCCUUGUGGUCACUUGCUACUUUUCUAACGCCUUGGGCUGCUCAAACCUCCCUCUUGGCUCUACUUGUCGUCCGUGCUAUGCUUGGCGUUGCUGAAGGAGUCGCUCUUCCUUCAAUGAAUAACAUGGUCGCCAGAUGGUUUCCACAAACUGAACGAUCAAGGGCCGUAGGAAUCUCAAUGGCUGGGUUUCAGCUUGGAUGUGCAAUAGGGCUAACACUUUCUCCCAUUCUCAUGUCGCAAGGUGGUAUAUUUGGUCCCUUUGUGAUUUUUGGACUGUCUGGGUUUCUUUGGGUGUUGGUGUGGUUGUCUGCAACAUCUAGCACUCCUGACCGGAGUCCUCAAAUAUCAAAAUAUGAGCUGGAGUAUAUAUUGAAUAGAAGGCAAAAGUCUUUUCCAGUGGAGACAGCUAAGUCCAAAGUGAUUCCUCCUUUCAGGCGCUUGCUUUCAAAGCUGCCAACAUGGUCUCUAAUAGUUGCAAAUGCCAUGCACAGUUGGGGGUUUUUUAUUGUUCUUUCAUGGAUGCCCAUAUACUUCAGCUCAGUGUACCGUGUGGAUCUCAGGCAUGCAGCGUGGUUUAGUGCAGUUCCAUGGGCUGUGAUGGCUAUCAUGAAUUACCUUGCUGGUUUGUGGUCGGAUAUGAUGAUACAGAGUGGUACAAGUGUCACUUUGACUCGAAAGAUUAUGCAGUCCAUCGGUUUUGUUGGUCCUGGACUCUGCCUCAUUGGCUUAGCGACAGCAAAAACCCCCUCAGUUGGUUCUGCUUGGCUUACUUUAGCUUUUGGCCUGAAAUCUUUCAGUCACUCGGGCUUUCUUGUGAACCUUCAGGAGAUUGCACCACAGUACUCUGGUGUUUUGCAUGGAUUAUCAAAUACUGCUGGAACAUUGGCUGCUAUAAUUGGAACAGUUGGAGCUGGGUUUUUUGUCGAGCUAGUUGGUUCCUUCCCCGGAUUUCUGUUGCUUACAUCGCUCCUUUAUUUUCUUGCUGCUCUUUUCUACUGCCUAUUCUCUACUGGAGAAAGAGUAAAUUUUGACGAUCCUGAUCCCAAUUUGAACUUCAAUUCAACAAUGUCGGGUCGUGGGAAGGGAGGUAAGGGUCUGGGAAAGGGAGGCGCGAAGAGGCAUCGCAAGGUGCUCCGCGACAACAUCCAGGGCAUUACGAAGCCCGCGAUUCGUAGGCUGGCAAGAAGAGGUGGCGUGAAGAGAAUCAGUGGUUUGAUCUACGAAGAGACUCGUGGUGUUCUCAAGAUUUUUCUGGAGAACGUUAUUCGUGACGCGGUGACUUAUACGGAGCACGCCCGGAGGAAGACUGUGACGGCCAUGGAUGUUGUUUAUGCUCUCAAGAGGCAGGGUAGGACCCUCUAUGGAUUCGGAGGCUGA